AUGGGCGCCUUCAUUCCAGGCCGCCAGCCACGUUGUGGAGCUAUGUCCCUGGCGCCUCCCCCAGGCUCCAUGAGGGAACACCCGCCCUACCCCAGGACCACGACUUUGUCCUUGGGGGUUCUGCCCACACUGCAUCUGCACAAGCCAUCCCCCAAUAAGGGGCCACUGCAGAGCUGGGACGAGAGGUCCCUGUCCUUGGCUGAUGGGCCUGGUAAUCAUGCCUGUUUUCAUAGGCUCAUCUUCGGCACCCUGUACCCAGCCUAUUCGUCCUACAAGGCCGUGAAGACAAAAAACGUGAAGGAAUAUGUGAAAUGGAUGAUGUACUGGAUCGUCUUUGCCUUCUUCACCACAGCUGAGACGCUGACGGAUAUCGUGCUCUCCUGGUUCCCGUUCUACUUUGAGCUCAAGAUCGCCUUCGUGAUAUGGCUGCUGUCCCCUUACACCAAGGGCUCCAGUGUGCUCUACCGCAAGUUCGUACACCCAACGCUGUCCAACAAGGAGAAGGAGAUCGACGAGUACAUCACACAGGCCCGGGACAAGAGCUAUGAGACCAUGAUGAGGGUGGGCAAGCGGGGCCUGAACCUGGCUGCCAAUGCUGCAGUCACGGCUGCUGCCAAGGGCCAGGGGGUGCUGUCAGAGAAGCUCCGAAGCUUCAGCAUGCAGGACCUGACGCUGAUCCGGGAUGAGGAUGCACUACCCCUGCAGGGGCCCGACGGCCGUCUCCGACCCGGCCCUGGCAGCCUCCUGGACACCAUUGAAGACUUAGGAGAUGACCCGGCCCUGAGUUUAAGAUCUGGCACAAACCAGACAGAUCCCCGGACAGAAACCUGCGAGGAUGACAUGGGAGACAAGGCCCCCAAGAGGGUCAAAUCCAUCAAAAAAGUGCCCAAAGCUGAGCCAGUGGCUUCCAAGACACUGAAGACCCGGCCCAAGAAGAAGGCCUCUGGUGGGGGUGACUCAGCUUGAGGUCCUCCAGCACCCCACAGGCUGCAGAGCGAGGAGGAAGCCUCAGGAAAGGCCUCACCUCAGCCCCUGCUCCGCACUGUGCCCGUAGCCCAGCUGUCUCAGGCCCCUGGGGCCCCACAUGGCCGUUUCCGUGCCUGCCCAGCUGCCAUGCUUCUGGAAGGGGCUUAGAAAAGAGGAGGGAGAUCUAGCUGUGGGGGUUGAGGUAGAGACUGGACCCAGGGCCUGAGGAUGAGCCACCCAGGGAGAGGAGGGCUCCUCAGCCUGCACCACUCUCCCCGCUCCAGCCCUGCCCCCGCCCACCCAGUGCCUUGCUAAAGACCUCGGCCAUCCCCUUCUCUGAGGUCCAAACGUGCCACGCUGCUCUCCCUGGGUGGGGUGGGGAGGGGCAGGCACAGCACGAAUGGACCCGAGGAAGGCACCUGGGAGAAAGGGAGUGACUGUGGAAGACCUUGGGGACCUGGGCAGGGGCCUCCGGGCUGCAGCAGCAAAGGGCAGGCAGGGCUUAGGGGCGCCAAGAUGACCAGGAUGGCCAGGCUAGAGCUGCAGCUGGGCACUUCCUUGGCGUGGGGAGGGCCGUGUGCUACAUGUGCGCACUGAAAGAGGUGGGGUUCCAGGAGCGUGAGUGUGAGUGUGUGUGUCUUCCUGGGUCUAGGGCUGGGUGAGUUGGAGUAUAGGACUCUCCCUGCAGUGGUCACCCCAACCUCGGUCCCAUAGCCAGCUGGUCCUUUUGUCCUCUCAGCCUCCCUCCUCAUCUCUGAGCCUCAGAGGACCCCAGCCCAUGAGUGAGUGGGCUCCAGGGGGGCUCUCUCUCAUCCCUCCUCUGCCCCUGAUCCUUUCACCUCACCCCACUCCUGCCCCACUCCUAGAUGGAUUCCCCCACUCCUCAGGGCCCCCUGUAGAGGCCCCUGCUGAGCUGGCUCCUUUCUGGUCACCUGGGGACCCAUGCCCUCUUGCCCCAGGGACCCCUUCCUGUGCCAAGCAGACUGGGCUGUAUGUGAGCAGACCCCUGUCAGAGCCCAGCCCCCACCUCACACCCUGUCCCAGCUUCUGCCACGGCUUCAGUCAGGGCCAGGAGAAACAUGUCGAGAAGAAAGAGAUGCAGGAGCCAUGGGGCUCCCAGUUCCUUGGAAAGAGGGUGCCCUUGGACCUGUGAUACUGGAUGAGCCAAUAAACCAAACUCUGGCACCUCAUUUCCUUUGGCCUCCGUGGUUUGCUUGUUUGUU